AUGCGAAGUUUUUACGAUAUCAUUGAAGUCGAGGAAAACGAGCCGAUUGAGAAGAUCAAAAAAGCGUAUUUCGAUUUUUUGCGCAAAGUUCAUCCGGAUAAAUCCGAAGGUCCGACUGACGUUGAGCUUUUGAAUACGGUAACCUUGAUUUGGAAUCGGAUAAAGGUCUCGACUGGAAAAUUGGAAUACGAUUGUUGGUUGAGAGAGCAGAGAUUGCGAGAGACGAAGGGAACAAUUGCGGAGAGAAUUGAGAUUGAGGAGGUGAAAGAUUUUCCACGUCAUAUUAUCGAAAAUCUCAUCGGUACCGCGCGCUCCACCGAAAUAAACACGCAACGCAGACCGCGCCGCGCUACAGCACACACAAAAAAGGGAAUGAUUCAAAUUCCCUCCCUUUUUUUGUGUGUGUUUUAGCGCGGCGCGGUCUGCGUUGCGUGUUUAUUUCGGUGGAGCGCGUGCUACCGAUGAGAAUAAAUUUCUUCAUUUCAAUUUUUCCAGGGCGACGAAGAAAUUGUGGACGAACCUUGUCGCUGUGGUGACAAUUUCCAAGUUUCCGCAGAAGAAGUCAAACAAAUCGUCGACAUUGGAAUAUUCGAGUGUGGAUCUUGUUCAUUGUGCCUCGAAGUAGUGAAAAUAUGUCAUUAGACGAAACAAGCACCAAAAUCUUGGUGUUGGGUGAUAGUUGUGUGGGAAAAACGACAUUUUGUCAUUGUGUAGCUGGGGAGAUUGGACAACUGCAUUCUUCAACAAUUGGAGCGACUGUGACUAUGGCAUGGCAUGAAUAUCGAGUUGGAACACCGGAGCAGCGAACGGAAUUGUUGGAGUUGUGGGAUAUUGGGGGAAUGAUGGCGCAUCGACAGAAUUCGCAAGUGUUUUUUGAGGGAGCUGUUGGUGCGAUUCUUGUUCAUGAUUUGACCAAUAAAAAGAGUGAAGAGGUAUCUAAUUUUUGAAGAUUUAUCAACAAAAAAAAUAAAUUAGGGCUGAUUUAUGAACGAAAAAAUGUUUUUUUAACAUUGAAAGAUCAAUUGUCGAAAAAAUAUUGUAGGUUAAAACUAGUUUUUCAAGUUUUUUCAGCCAAAAAUGAUGACAAAUCAAUAUUUUUCAAGCUUUUGGGGUAAUUUCUGAUGAAAAUUAACCUUUCCAGAAGGUUUUGUUGAUUUUUCCUUUAAAAAAUUUCAAAUUUUGAUAAAUUUCGAAAAAAUUUAAAAAAGGAGGUAAAGUAGGGUUCUCAAAGCUUAUUUUCAUCAGAAAUGACUCCAGAAGCUGAAAAAUAUCGAUUUGUCAUCAUUUUUGGCUGAAAAACUCGAAAAACUAAUUUUGACCUACAAUGUUUUUACGACAUUUUUUGACUUUUCGUGAAUUGAUUUUUCGAUGUUAAAAAAAACAUUUUUAAACAUUUUUCCGUUCGUGAAUCAGCCCUAUUUGAAUUCAGAAUCUUGCCAGCUGGCUAACUAUGCUUGACGGAAAACCUCGAGGAAAUUCAAAAAAAGAUCCAGCUGCUGUCGCUUUACGAGUUGAUAUUGAAAGUUGCAAUAUUCCUGUGCUUAUUGUUGGAACAAAAGCGGACCUUGUCCCCCAUAAAGGACCUGUUAGUUAUGAUAGGUUGGUCCUGAAUUUCUUCUUAAAUAGUAACGAUGAUUUUUUUCAGAUUACACAUUGAUUCAACGAAAAAUAUAAUAAAAGGAUCUGCAAAUAGUAUAACAUUAUCAAGGUUUUUUGAUUCUUGUUUGGAUCGAACUCGAAGAACAUCGCUGAAUGGUAAUUUUUAUGGAAGACCUCCUCGAAGAUCAGCCGCUUCAUCAAAUGUCACAUCUCCAACUACAGUACCCCGCCUUAAUUUAAAUUCCACGUCGUUUUCCACGUCUAUUUCUAUGGGUUAAAUAACAUUUACUUUGGGUUUUGUUUCAUUUCUUGAAAAUGAAAUCGUUGAAAAUCAAAUUGAUAUUAGAUUCGGAUAUUUUGUCACGAGAAAUACAGUUUAUCACUGAUAGUUUGCAAAAUUUUAUGACUGAAAAUUUUGGAUCGCCAGAAAAUCAAAAUCAAUUUGUGGUUUUAAUCGGAAAUGAUGUGAUUUGGAGAAGUUCGGAUAAAUUGGAUGUUUUGAUAUCGGAUAUUCUGAAACAUUCCGAUGAAUUGAAUAUUUAUCGAGAAAAUUCGGAGGUUUUUCGGAGAUUUCAGAAAAUUCAGAAGAAUUAUAUCAAGAGCACAGAUUUGUGUGCACAGUUUUUUGUCAAAACUUCUUUCAUUUUUAUUGAAGUUGAGAUAAAUCAGGAGAAAUUGAAAGCAUUGGUUGAUACAGGUGAUUUUUGACUGAAAAAUUAAAUUUCUAAAAUUCUCCCACGGCCUAACUUUUCCCAUUUGUAAUUCUCGUCCAUUUUUUCCCAAAAUUCAGGCGCGCAGCUAUCAAUAAUCUCCAAAAAUUUCGCUGAAAAAUGCCGAAUUUUCGAUCAACUCGACACUCGUUUUGCUGUCCAAGCUUCAGGAAUUGGAGGAAAUCGAGCUGCUCUUGGAAAAAUUUUAUUUGGUAUCUAUAAACAUUGAUUUUUCCCAAGUUACACGAUGUUUUUUGCAGUGGAAUGUUUGGUUUCUGGAAAUUCGAUGAGAUCGAUUUUGACGGUUGUUGAGGAACUCGAUUUCGAAUUGAUUAUCGGUAUUGAUUUUUUGAAAGCUUAUAAUGCGAUGAUUGAUUUGAAGGUGAGGAAAAUCAAUUUGCAUUAGAGCGCAAUUGCUGAAAAUUCACCGUUUUUACGUGAUUACAGAACCAGAAAAUUGUGUUUGAUCAAAAAUUCGAUGUCAAGUUUCUGCUGGAAGAUGAAGAAGUUUCAAAAUAA